AUGUUUACAGUUUUAUUUUCAGAUGAUGAAGAAGUAAAAAAUGAUAUUCUAGACAACGUGUUUCUAGAAAAUAAAAUAGUAAAUACAAAAAAUUAUACAAAAAUAAAAGAAAACUAUAAAAGAGCCUUGUUUCAAUUAGAAAAUAAUAUUUUGUAUGAUUUUUUUAAAUUUAGAAAAAAUUUAAAAAAUUUUACAAAGUUUAAGAUUUUAUGUACACUAACAGAAGAAAUAAAAGAAACUGUUGUUGCUUCAUCUAAUAAAGUAUUAAUAAUACUUGAUUGUAGCAUUAGACAAGGUAAUGAAGUAAUAGAAUUGGAUGAAUGUUAUGUUAAAGAUGCUAAGAAAUUAAUAUAUGACAAAAUAGGACUAAGUGUUAGUAAACAAGAAAUAUAUAAAAAUGAUGAAAUAUUGAAUAACGCUAGAUAUUUGAAAAAUGAAACGGUAAUACUCAAACAAAAAAGACGUACAAAUAAAAAAGUAUAG